UGAACUUCACGAGGUUCAAAAUCCAACAUGGCGGAGCGUGAGAUCACAAUCAGAGGAAGGCGACUUUCUCAAUUGAAAGUUGAUGAACUUAAAGUUGAGCUGGAAAAACGCGGCCUCAAGAAAAGUGGAAACAAAGGAGUUCUUAUUGAGAGGCUACAGGAGGCCAUUGACAAGGAAAUGGAAAUGAAGGAAGGGUUUGAGAGUUAUCCUGUACCACAACAAGCUCCUGCACGGGUUGGAGAGCCAUGGCCUCAUCCCAUGAUGCAGCAACAGCAACAACCUGGUGGUUUCCCUGUUCAGCCAAUGGGAAUUCCACAAGGAAUGAUAAAUCAGCAACAAGGAUUGUUAAACCAACCUCAUGUUAUGAUGAACCAGCAGCAGAUGAUGAUGCAUCAGCAACAGCAAAUAACAUCACCUGUUCAAGUGAAGGAAUUCAGAGAACAGUGGCCUCAAGCCCAAAUUCCACCACCCCAAAUGUUAUAUCAACAACCACGGGAACAGCAAGUCUUGAAUCAACUACCUCUAAUGGCAGACAAGAAACCUUUAACACAUGCCUCAAAUCAUCAAGUUCCUCCGCCUGUUCUUGAACCAGAAGUUGAAUCAUCAAGCUCAUCAGAUAACGAGCAAGACUCUGCACAACAGUCCUCAAGUUCAUCAAGCCAGGAAUCAGAUGACCAUGAACAGGAACGACCCACAUCACUGUUGAACUAUAACUAUUCCAAUGACUCUAGGACUGAGGCGAGGACUGCCCCUGUAGUUCAUGAAAGCAAACCCAUCACAGUUCAGAAUGUCGAGGAACAGUCAAAGGAAUCUGCAUCUUUGGCUCCAAAAGAAGAGGAGAUGAAGAAAGAGGAAGAUGUAGCUGCUAAUGAUAGACCAGAGUUAGGACAAGAUGAAAAAGCAGAUGUUGAAAUGGAUGGAGAAAAGACAGUUGCAGAACUAAAGGAGAAUGACAUUAAGGAUGAAGAAAACAAGAAAAAAGUUGUUGAUGAAGGUGAAGAUGGAAGGCAAAAUGAAGUAGUUGGCAAGGAAAAGGAAGGGGAAGUGCCUAGUGAGUCUCUUGAGAAUAAAGAACCAGUUUCAACACCAUCUCCUGCAGAAGAGAACACUUUUGAAGUUGAGCCAAGUGAAGAGGACAAAGCUGUCGUAGAGGAGCCAAAAGUUCCAUCACCACAGAAGCCUAGCUCUCCAGUUGUUACUAAGAAAAGAAAAAUAAACAUACCAAGAACAUCUCUGCCAACCACUCCUACGUCUGAGGGUCAACCAGGAUCAAGGAAAAGGAGAUGGGGAUCAUCCUCAUCAAGCAAGAAAACGUCUUUGUCCAUUAGCACUGAUUCACUGAAGGAUUUAAUUCCAGGAGUGCAAGUGCACAGUACCCCUGCCUUGGAAGCAGUCAUGGACAUCAGAGGUGAUGAUAAUGAUGAGGAAGAUGAUGAGCCAGAAGAAAAGAGAAAGAUUGAACAGAAAACCGACGAGGAGAAGGAAGAAUUAUCGGCAGAAACAAUGCCUGAAGUGAAAGAUGAGGGAAGGAGAAGAAAAGACAGGAUCGUGAAGGUUGAAGAGAAGAAAACAAUCAAGCUUCAAAGAAAGCUGGUGGUAGUGGAAACUGAACCUGAUACAUUGAAAAUGGAGGUUGAGGAAGAGCCUUCAGAGAACAAACUGGAAGAUAAUCCAUAUCCGAGGCGGUUGUCAGCCCCAGUCCAAGAGGAAUCCCCAAUACCAGCAGGCAAACGCUCCCCGUCACCCGCUAAAAAUCCCCCGUGUAAGACACUGCAUGUCAAGAACCUCGUACGACCUUUCACACUGAACCAGCUCAAGGACCUGCUCGGCAAACAUGGAACCUUGGUGCAGGAUGGAUUUUGGAUCGACAGGAUAAAGUCACAUUGCUACGUUGUGUACACUGAUGAGGAUGAUGCAGUGGCCAGCAGACAAGCCCUACAUGGCAUCAAGUGGCCAGCAACAAGUCCGAAAAUCCUUGAUGUUGAUUACGCUGAUGAUGAUGAGAUGGCAAGAGAUACAGAUGGUCUUCUCGGUCGCGAGAAGGAAAAAGAACGAGAACUGAAUGCGGAGAAAGAUGAAAUAAAAGAACGUGCAGUUGAAGAAGAAAAACCAAUGGUAACAGAAGAAAAAGAAGAGGAAGAAGAAGAUCAAAAGAACGCUGGUAACCUGCUAGAUAACCUUUUCAAAAAAACCAAAACUAUUCCCUGCUUGUACUGGUUGCCGCUCACCGAUGAACAGAUCGCGACGAGAGAACGGGAAAGAGAGGAAAGACGGAAAGCUAGACAGGAUGAAAGAGACAAAGAGGAACAAGAACGUAAAGAGAGACAACAACAGCGAGAGAAAGAGCGGGAAUUGGAGCGAGAGAAAGAGAAACGAGAACGGGAAACUACCGAGAAACAGCGCUCUCGAUCGCCGAGAAACCGACGAAGAGAACGAAGCAAAAGCCGAAGUAGAAGUCGGGGACCAAGACGGCGAUGAGUUGACAUUCCGAUUUAUUAGACUUCCGUUGUAAUACUCAGUUUUAUGUUGGUUUUGUGUUUGACUUGUUUAAGGGGUGACUUUAUGUCUCUCUUUAGAAACUAACCGUUAGAUUGAUUUCUCUUGGCGCAUCAAUACUUAAGCAAGGCCUGUUUUGGUAGCGACUGUUUGUCCAUUCCAAUAUCAAGCAACUAUGGCGAAACUGCUCCUUCUAUUCGAUCAACUAUUGACACAUACUUUUUACGGAACUUAGUGAUUGUCGAUUCAUUCUACCAUUUUAGCCACUUAACCGAAGUUUCAUCCUUCUUCAAAAAUACCAUUUAUUUUUUAACGGUUUUAGGACAAAUUUGCCAAAAUUUCUGUCCCUUUUUUCAGAAAUUUGUCACAAGAUUUCGUGAUAUCAUAGACAGGUUCAACGCUUUCCGUUUUAAAGUACUCAUACACAUUGAAUUAUUUCUGUAGAUGUUUUCUGCUCACGGGUCAUAGUCGGUAAUGGGAGCAGUGCUUCCUGGCGUUUGUGGCUGGUCAUACACCUUAUCUCAUGGUCAGAAAGAAAAUUAGAAGUUUUGCACUGACUUGCUUUGUUGUGUUUAUUUUGUUUUUGCAACACCUUCUAGUUCCCGGGAACUAAGUGAUAUUACUACCUUCUUGUUAAGCAACGAAAAGUACUUUGCUCUUCGUUUGUAAGAUAUUAAGUGAGAUUUAUGGAAAAUCUUGUGAAUAAACGAAACUGUGAAUA